AUGAGCAUGGAAACAGAAACCCAAUCCCUCGGAGGCUACCCUCCACCCCCGAUGAAGGAGCCUCGAACUGUAUCAUGCGACCUUGGAAUUAGCGACAACGAUCUCCAAAAGCUCAAGACCGGCCUCGUGCCUUACGAUCAAGACGACAAGUGGUACUUUGCAACCACGGGGCCCGACGACGCCGGCAUCAUUUCAUUCCACAUCAUCCGCUACUUUUCCCACCGGGAUUUCUACAUCAUCCACGUCAAGCCCAGCGACGACGUGGGUGGUGACCAAAGCACACGUCGCCACAAGAUUCAGUCUUUCACGUGGGAUGAGAACCAGUGCGGCAUCUACAUGACCGAGGAGCAGGGCAAGAAGCAGGCCGUCUCGCUCUGGAGGAGCCACCUCGAGUGCGAGUUUGAAGAACUUCCCGAGGAGGACUUUUCUUCUGACUGGAUGGAUUAUUCAGGUUAUGAUUUGAAUCCUGAGGACCCCAUCUAUCUGAAAUACAGAGAUAGUCCGUGA